CAAAAGCGCACUUCUUAAAUUCGCCCAAAACCUCUGCAAUUUAUUUUCCACUAAAACCCAAACCCCUUCUCCCGAACAGCAGCUCCUAGCUGUUUAUCCACCAAUAAGAAGAGAUAAAACCAUGGUGAGCCAUAGGCAAACAUUGGGCCAAAAGCGGUUUCCCGGAGCCAGAGUCGCCGGUGCCGGAAGACCCAAAAAAAAGAAGAAAAAGAAUCCGCAAAUUCAAGUGCAAGAAAUCGGAUUAGAGUUGUGGGGAUGAAAUCAAGUGAAAGUUGCUACUUAUGCAAAGCCCAGACCACAUUGCUAAAAAUAUGCCCCAAGAAAUCUGUGUGGGAAAGGAACAAGGUCUUUUCCUUCAUAAACGGGACGACAGAAAUGGCGAAUGCCGUGUCUGGUGUGGCGGUGCAAGAUGAUUGCAAGCUGAGGUUUCUUGAUCUAAAGGCCAAGAGGAACUAUCGUUACAUCAUCUUCAAGAUCGACGGUCAGCGUGUGGUGGUCGAGAAGCUCGGCCAGCCGUCCCUCGACUACGACGAUUUCGCCGCGGCCUUACCCGCCGACGAGUGUCGUUAUGCCGUUUAUGAUUUCGACUUUGUCACGAGUGAGAAUUGCCAAAAGAGCAAGAUCUUCUUCAUUGCUUGGUCCCCCGACACAUCGAAUGUUCGAAUGAAGAUGGUGUACGCGAGCUCGAAGGACAGGUUCAAGAGGGAACUUGAUGGGAUUCAAGUUGAGCUACAAGCAACUGAACCUAGUGAGAUGAGUUUUGACAUCAUUAAAGCCCGUGCUUUCUGAAACAAUAAUGAUGAUUAUAAAAAGAAUGCCUGUUUCUUUUUCAUUUUAUUUGAAAGAAAUAUGUAUUGUUUACCACAUGUACAAAUUUUCUAAUUGUCUUUUGUAAUGUUUGGUGAAUUGUUUCAUGUUCUUCGAUGUCAAAUUAACAAGAACCAUGCAACCCAACCAUAUAAUGCCUUGUUUAUUUAAUA